UUGAACGUUUCCUAAAAGAUCGGAAGAUAACUUAUCUCGAGAUAUCCUUCGAGUACUAAAUUUUCUCAUAUAAAAAGGUCUACCCAUAUUCUGCAUUUCAAAUAACGAUGAGGUGGUUGAAACUUUUAAUUUUUAUAUGCCUUUUUCUUUAUGCAGCUGCUUCAGCUGCAGAAGAAGAUUCAUACGAAUCCAGAAGUGUACAGUUCAAUGACGAAGAUGAAGAAGAUAAUUAUUUAGACGAUAUACCCUUUGCAUUAGACGAAGAUGAAAGUAUUCAGUAUAAUGAAGAUGAUGAAGAAGAUAAUUAUUUGAACAAUAUACCAGUUGGACCAACUGAAACCAGUUCAAGUCCAAAACCAAGUACUAGACCAGGUCCUACCAGAGAACCAAGACCUACAAGGAAACCAAGACCUACAAGGAAACCGAAACCUACGAGAAAACCAAGACCUACGCGCAACCCAAGACCUACAAGGAAACCAAGGCCUACCAGAAAACCAAGACCAACGAAAGAACCAAGGCCACAACCUAAGCCUACUCAAAGACCUGAGCCCAGACCCAGGCCAGAUCCUAAACCUGAACCCAGACCAGAACCAAGGCCAGGACCCAGACCUGGGCCCAGACCAAGACCAGAUCCCAGACCGGAACCAAGACCAGGACCACGACCUGGACCGAGACCAAGGCCAGAUCCCAGACCUGAACCCAGACCAGGACCAAGGCCAGGACCAAGACCUGGACCCAGACCAAGACCCGAUCCCAGACCUAAACCCAGACCAGGACCAAGGCCAGGACCAAGACCUGGACCCAGACCAAGACCCAGACCAAGGCCAGAACCCAGGCCGGAACCAAGGCCAGGACCAAGACCAGGACCCAGACCAAGACCCGAACCCAGACCAGAACCAAGGCCAGGACCAAGACCUGGACCAAGGCCUGGACCCAGACCAAGACCCGAACCCAGACCAGAACCAAGACCAGGACCAAGACCUGGACCAAGGCCUGGACCGAGACCAAGGCCAGAUCCCAGACCUGAACCCAGACCGGAACCGAGGCCAGGACCAAGACCUGGACCCAGACCAAGGCCAGAACCCAGACCAGGACCAAGGCCAGGACCAAGACCUGGACCCAGACCAAGACCCGAUCCCAGACCUGAACCCAGACCAGGACCAAGACCUGGACCCAGACCAGGACCCAGACCAAGACCCGAACCCAGACCAGAACCAAGGCCAGGACCAAGACCUGGACCAAGGCCAGGACCAAGACCUGGACCAAGGCCUGGACCCAGACCAAGACCCGAACCCAGACCAGAACCAAGGCCAGGACCAAGACCUGGACCCAGACCAAGACCCGAUCCUAGACCUGAACCCAGACCAGAACCCAGACCACAGCCGGGUCCAAGGCAAUGAGCAGAGCCAUGAGAUUUUCGAUUUUUUUUUAAUCUAGGCAGAAAUAUAUGUUCUAAUUUCACUAUAAAGUGAAUUUAUUCAAUCAAUUCAA